AUGCCCAGCGACAAGACCAUUGGUGGCGGAGAUGAUGCCUUCAACACGUUCUUUUCCGAGACAGGUGCUGGGAAACAUGUGCCACGAUGCGUGAUGGUGGACUUGGAACCAACGGUGGUUGACGAGGUCCGCACCGGCACCUACCGCCAGUUGUUCCACCCCGAGCAGCUGAUCAGUGGAAAGGAAGAUGCUGCCAAUAACUUCGCACGCGGACAUUAUACCAUCGGGAAAGAAAUCGUUGACUUGGUGUUGGAUCGCAUUCGCAAGCUCGCGGACAACUGCACCGGUUUGCAGGGAUUCUGCGUCUACAACGCUUGCGGCGGUGGAACCGGCUCUGGCCUGGGCUGCCUCAUGCUCGAGCGCCUGUCGGUGGAUUAUGGCAAGAAGAGCAAGAUUUCCUUCACAGUGUGGUGUUGCCCUCAAGUGGCCACUGCGGUGGUGGAGCCCUAUAACACCGUCCUGUGCGUGCACUCCUUGCUGGAGCACACAGAUGUGACCAUCAUGUAUGACAACGAGGCGCUCUAUGAUAUUUGCCGGAGGAACUUGGACAUCGAGCGACCCACCUACACCAACUUGAACCGACUCAUCGCUCAGAUCAUUAGCUCCCUGACAGCCUCCCUUCGCUUCGAUGGUGCCUUGAACGUGGAUAUCACCGAAUUCCAGACCAAUUUGGUUCCUUAUCCCAGGAUCCACUUCAUGCUCACCUCCUACGCCCCUGUCAUCUCUGCUGAGAAGGCCUACCAUGAGCAGCUCUCCGUGGCGGAGAUCACCAUGUCGGUCUUCGAGCCGGCCUCCAUGAUGGUGAAGUGCGAUCCUCGUCACGGCAAGUACAUGGCCUGCUGCAUGAUGUACCGCGGAGACGUCGUGCCCAAGGACGUGAACGCAGCAGUGGCCACCAUUAAGACGAAGCGAACCAUCCAGUUCGUGGACUGGUGCCCCACCGGCUUCAAGUGCGGCAUCAACUACCAGCCACCGACCGUGGUGCCGGGCGGCGAUCUGGCCAAGGUCAUGCGUGCGUGCUGCAUGAUCUCCAACUCCACGGCCAUUGCAGAGGUCUUCUCUCGCAUUGACCACAAGUUUGACCUCAUGUACAGCAAGCGCGCCUUUGUCCAUCACUACGUGGGCGAAGGCAUGGAGGAAGGCGAGUUCUCGGAGGCUCGUGAGGACCUGGCUGCCUUGGAGAAAGACUACGAAGAGGUUGGCAUUGAAACCGCGGAGGGCGAAGGACAGGGUGCGAAGAGGAGGGCUAUGGCGAUGAGUUCUAAGUUUGCCUCGCCCAUGGCACGGCGGCGCUGCGCAGGGCACAGCGAGCACCUCAGAAGCGAUGUGGAUUUCGCCAUCGCGAUCACGCAGAGCAACCCCGAGGUGGCGGACGCUGCGGCUGCAGAGCUGGAGGUUCCCACGGAAUGCCUGCUCUCCAUUGCCCGCAAGGCAGAGCUACGCUUCGAGAAGGAGGCCAUGCUGGAGAUGAUCCGCGAGAGCGGAUGGAGGUGCUUGCGCUUGGCGGGCAGCACAGUACGUCAAGAGGAAGAGGUUCAGAAAGCAGCCGUGGAACAGAGUUGGCGCUCAGUGAAAUGGAUGCUGGAACCCACGCUGGCAGUCGUCCUGACCGCUGUUGGGCAAGACUUGGCGGCGGCCGAGCUUUUGGGGAGCAUUGAGGAGAACAUGAAGGCGAUUGUGGCCAUGAACCACCCGGAGGUCAUUAAGUACCCGGCCUUCGCUGGGCGGACGCCCCUGCUCGCGGCGCUGCGGCAGAACGGGCAGCUCCUGCAGUUCGCCACCCCUGAGCUGCGCGAGGACUUUAAGGUGGUGGAGGCUGCGUUGAGUCAAUCGCCACAGGCGAUCCGUUUCGCGCGUGGCGCUGCCCUGGCCAAGUUGAAGGCCCAGCAGCAGGCCACGGCGCCCAUCUUGAGCUCUCCAGCGGCCACCCAGCAGGCAGAUUUGCUCCCCUGGGCCGCUGGCAAGCAGGACGAUGCAUCCCGCAUCGACUGGUGUUGUUGCGCAGCCGGCGAAGAGUCGCCCUGGCAACAGCUCUAG